CGCGAGAUUACGGCCUCUUCCCAGGCCGUCGUUGUAUGAGACACAGGCCAUGUUCAGUACCAGCGCGAAAAUCGUGAAGCCGAAUGGCGAUAAGCCAGACGAGUUCGAGUCUGGCAUUUCCCAGGCUCUUCUUGAGCUGGAGAUGAACUCUGACUUGAAGGCUCAGCUGAGGGAACUUCACAUCACCGCUGCUAAGGAAAUUGAUGUUGGUGGCAGCAGAAAAGCCAUCAUCAUCUUUGUGCCGGUGCCCCAACUGAAGUCCUUCCAGAAGAUCCAGGUGAGACUCGUGCGUGAGCUGGAGAAGAAAUUCAGCGGCAAACAUGUGGUCUUCAUCGCACAGAGAAGAAUCCUGCCUAAACCUACAAGGAAAAGCCGCACAAAAAACAAGCAGAAGCGCCCCAGGAGCCGAACUCUGACCGCUGUGCAUAAUGCUAUCCUUGAGGACCUGGUCUUCCCCAGUGAGAUUGUUGGCAAAAGGAUUCGUGUGAAACUGGACAGCAGUAGGCUCAUCAAGGUCCACCUCGACAAGGCGCAGCAAAACAACGUUGAACACAAAGUUGAGACCUUUGCUGGUGUCUACAAGAAGCUCACGGGCAAGGAUGUGAUAUUUGAAUUCCCAGAGUUCCAACUGUAAAUUGCAGAUGACAAAAUAAAUUUGUUUACUGUCACUUC